GGGAACCAUUUUCAAGUGCAGAGAACAAGAUAAUAUUCCUCAUGCCAAUUAUUGUCUUAUAAGAGCAAUUAAAGCAGACCCCGAAGAUAGUUCUCUUAGAAGUCAUCAAGCAAUGUUUUAUGCUGAACUUCAAGAUUAUCAAAAAGCUGCUGUGGCAUAUGAACAAGUAUAUCAACUUUGUUCUGAAAAUGUUGAUGCACUAAAAGCAGCAGCUAAGUUCUACCAAAAGUGCGGUCAAGUUGAACGCUCAGUUUUCAUUCUCGAAGACUAUCUGAAGAGUCAACCAGAUGGAGUACAUGCAAGUGUAGUUGAUCUACUCAGUAACAUAUUAAUGGAAAUUAAGGCGCAUGACAGAGCUCUUCAGUACAUUGAACGAUUUCAAAUUGGGGGAAAAGAAUUGCCCUUAAAUUUGAAAGUUAAAGCUGGAAUCUGCCAUGUUCAUCUUGGAAACAUGGAGAUUGCUCAGGUUUUCUUUAAUGAUUUGAAACCGGAGAAUGCAAACACACAUAGUGACUUGAUCACUGAGGUUGCGGAUUCAUUAAUGGGUCUUGGACAUUUUAGUUCUGCAUUGAAUUAUUUUCUGAUAUUGAAAGGAAAUAGUAAAACUGAAAAUGGUCUUCUGUAUUUGAAAAUUGCUAGAUGUUAUCAAUCCUUGGGAGAAAGGUUACAAGCAAUUCUCUCUUUUUCCAAAGCCCUAGAGACACUACAAGAUGAUGUCGAAGCACGCAUAACUUUGGCUUCCCUUCUAGUUGAGGAAGGGAAAGACAAUGAUGCCAUUUCCUUGCUGUCUCCUCCGAAGGAUUCUGACUCGGGUGAAGCACAUUCUGAAAAGUCAAAUAGAUGGUGGGUUGAUGUGAGAAUUAAACUUAAGCUCUGCAAAAUAUUUCAGAAUAGAGGGAUGCUUAAUGAUUUUGUGGAUGUAAGUUUCCCUCUGGUACAUGAAUCGCUGCAGGUUGCAACUCAUAGACAACAGGGUACAUCAAAAAAGCGCCUCUCUAAAAGAGAUCUGAUUAAAAGGGUGAGGCUACUGGGUGGUCCAGAAACAGAUACUUUGCUUCAAGGAUUCAGGCCCCUAGCUUCAGCAUCUGAUCUGUUGAAAGCUUCCAGAGCAAAAAAGUUGCUCCAGAAGAAGGCAAUUGAGAAGGAGAAAAAAAAAGCCGAGGCAGUAGCUUCUGGAAUUGAUUGGCUAAGUGAUGAUUCAGAUGAUGAGCCUCAGAAACCAAACACAGAACCGCCCUUGUGUAAUCUUCACAAAGAUGAAGAAUAUCACCAGUUAAUUAUUGAUUUGUGUAAUGCAUUAGCAUCCUUGCAAAGGUAUAGGGAAGCAUUAGAGAUUAUUAAUAUCACUGUAAGAUCGGCUCAUAUUUCUCUGUCUGCUGAGAAUAGUAAGAAGCUUCGAUCUCUUGGAGCUCAAAUGGCAUACAACACCACAGAUCCUAAACAUGGUUUUGAUUGUGUAAAAGACAUUGUUCAACAACAUCCACAGAAUGUUGCAGCUUGGAAUUGCUACUACAAGGUCAUAUCUAGAUUGGAAAACCGAGAUACGAGACACGACAAAUUUUUGCGUAAUAUGCAAGGAAAAUUUGUUGAUUGUGUGCCUCCUAUCCUCAUUUCUGCACAUCAGUUUACUCUAUGUAGUCAUCAUCAAGACGCAGCAAGAAAAUACCUUGAAGCUUAUAAACUUUUGCCCGAGAAUCCCUUGGUUAAUCUUUGUGUUGGAACGGCCUUGAUCAACGUGGCGCUGGGUUUCAGGCUUCAAAACAGGCAUCAGUGUGUUGUACAAGGUUUAGCAUUCCUCUACAAUAAUUUGAGGAUCUGUGAGAACAGCCAGGAAUCUUUAUACAACAUAGCUCGGGCAUACCAUCAUGUUGGUCUUGUGACACUGGCAGCAAUAUAUUAUGAGAAGGUGAUUGCUAUUAAUGAGAAAGACUAUCCAAUUCCAAAACUUCCCAAUGAGAAUAUUGAUAUCUCUGAAAAUCAUAAACCUGGUUACUGCGACCUUCGCAGAGAGGCGGCUUACAAUUUGCAUUUAAUCUACAAAAGGAGCGGGGCUCUUGAUCUUGCUAGGCAAGUUUUAAAAGAUCAUUGUUCCUUUUGAGGUUACAUGUUCCUUACAAACUGCAAAUCAUCUUCAGGGUUAGUAUAUGGAAUUAUAUUAUGUGCUCAUAAAAUUAGAGUGCUCAGUGCGUUUUAUGCCCAUAUAUGAAUAUAUAUAUAUAUGCACACAUAUAUUUCAUCAUCUUUGCUCUAUAUUCUGACUUUUUAUAAAAACUUCGCAACACUUGUAUGUA